UGACCAUCGAUAGUGGUGGUCAUAUCGAGUGGUGGCGCGACUCGCGAGUGCGUGAGGAGUGGUGUCAACAGUCAGUCAGUGCGAGUGCGGUGGUCGAGGCAGUUAUGCACCAUCAGGAAGACGCUAACGGGACCCGCCCCGUGGUGACCAUCACGGCGUCAGCGGCGGCGAGCGUCGCGGCGGCGGCCAAGGCAGCGAUAGCCCGCUCUCCUAGUCCUGACAAUGUAGAAAUCAACGAGGCGGUCAGCAAAGUGCUCCAGGGCUAUGAUUGGACACUCGUGCCGGUGGCGAGCAAAUCAUCCUCAGACAAGAGGAAGAGUCAUGUGAAGAGGCCGAUGAACGCGUUCAUGGUGUGGGCGCAGGCGGCAAGGCGCAAGCUAGCGGACCAGUAUCCGCAGCUUCACAACGCACAGCUCAGCAAGACGUUGGGUCGACUAUGGAAGCUGCUGAGUGACUCAGACAAGAGACCCUUCCUAGAGGAGGCGGAGCGGUUGCGACUCAUCCACAAGAAGCAGUAUCCCGAUUACAAGUACCAGCCCAGGCGACGCAAAGUCAGUAAGCCCAUGGUAGGAGCUGGACCUCCCAAGUCACCUCCCAUUCUCGGACACCCCCAAGUCAUGCUCAAGCCACUACAUGGAGUUAUGUUUAGGACCAUGAAGAGUGAAGAUUGCAGUUUGAGCGCGGAUGAUACAUGUAGUCCCCAUAGCCAAGGUCCCCCCACGCCCCCCACCACUCCCAACAGGGGGCCCUUGUCGCAGAGGCCGCACCACAUGGGGUCUUCCAUGGGGUCUCUCCCCCUCAGCUGCUCCCAGACCUCAGGAUCGGAGCUGUGUGAAGGCACCUCAGUCCCCAGCUUGGAUAUGGAGCUGCCGGGGGUGAUGGACGACCCCCAAGUGGAUUACCAGGAGCUCGAGCAGUACCUCCAGUACCACCCCGCGCCUGCACACUACCCCGAGUACACACAAGGAGUUUACCACGAACUGCAGCCCAGCAAGCCGCCCUACCAACCCACCCACUCUCAAGUCAACCUCAACUGGAACAACCAGUACCUGCCCUCGUACCAGUACCUCCAGCAGCGGUCCACGGACAGCUCUUGGCCUAACUACUGACCUCGCGGUCUUCUUCUUCCUCCUCAGAGGCCGGGGACACCGUAUUUGUGACCUUCCUGUGUCCAAGCUCUGCUUUUGUUGAUAAGAACUAAACUAUUCAGUCACGCAAUUUAUGUUAAUAUGUUAAAAUUAAAGGUUUUUGUGAAAUUUAUGGAACUGUUUGUAGCAAAUAGAGAUGCAUUUGGUACAAUGUUACAUACCUCAAGAAUAUUCACAUGUGUUUUAUUUUACGUGUUUCGCAUCACCAUCAAUGUGUAAGAAUCAGUUCAUAUAAUAUGAAACACCUUAAUUGUAAUGGGAUCAUGUACACUCUUUGGCAUAAUCACUCAAUUAUCGUGUUCUACAUUCCCUAAAGGAUGCGAUGCCAUGAACAAUGUUUGAAAUCAUCGCAUACAAGUCGACGCUUUAAUUAUUGUAGCCAAUCACAGAUUUUUGAAUGACGCAAUAACAUAUAAAUACUGAUCCAGCAUUCUGUGGCAUGCCAAAUGACAUUUAACAGACGUGAAAAUCAAUCCAAAAGUAAUAUAAAUAAACUUAAUUGAAAAUCAUUAUUGGUAUUUAAAUACACCAGCUAUCGUACUCUUGACAUUGUGAUAUAACCGUUAUUCGUGUAAAAAUAUUAAUUAAUAAUUAUUUGGUCCUUGACAAAUUAUUUUGUGUGUUUUUUUUUUUAAUUCCGUAUAUAACCAAACUUGAUGUUGUACAUUACAUCUGGACUUUACACUCCAACAGUGCAAUUGUGGGUUUUUUUAAAUUGUUGCAAAAUCCCCGGCUUCUUAAGGACUAUCAGAGGUUGUACGUGAACUAUCCAACUCAAAGGUUAAAUGUUUUAUUUUUGUUCAUGAAAAUAUUUUUUUCUCCAUUCUUCAAUUACUGUAUAUAGAAUUACGACAGUGAAAACAUAAAACUUUGAUUUCCAAUCCUACUAAAAAGACUGAACAUUAUAAUGUUUGGAAAAUUUUUUAGCAUUUAAUGGUUUUUGGAGUUGUUUAAAUAAUACAUGAACAGCAAUGGUGUAUUUUAUGUCACACAAUAAGACUAUAACUUUAGCAGCAACGCUUUUAAGUGUUAUUCAAUCCGUUUGACUGAAAACGACAACAUAUGUUAUAACUUUCAUCAACCUCUGAUAGACUUGUAUUCUUGAUAAUUUUGUAUGUAAUUAUAUUAUAUUAAAGACUAGUUUAUUUCUGUACCAUGUAUGAUAUGUGUUUCUAGUUUGAAUUUCAGGUAGAUAAGUAGUUUAGACAACAUGACACGAGAUACUGUUAAGCUGUGUUUUGAAAUUCUGCAAAGUUAUCGAAUAAGAUAUGAUUACUUAAAUCUCACUUGUUGUUUGUGUUCAUGCUGAAUUGUUUAUUAUUACAUUUAAUACUGAAUCUCAUCUUUCUACACAUUUAUGUAGAACCUAUUAUUGAAUCUCUCUUGUUUUUAAUGUUUGUGUUUCUAAUUUUGAAUCUCUUCUGUUUUAUAUGUUCACGUUGAGAAACACUUUGAAUCUCCUUUGUUCUUCGUGUUCAUGUUGAACUUGAUACUGAAUCUCGAAAGAGUGCCAAUACACGCAUCGAUAGUAAUUUUAUUUAUUUUCUAUUUUAAGGUAAACGAAACUCGUGAAGCUGGUAGCAUUUUAAACACUGCCGCAACCAUCAAUCUCUUUUAUCCUAUACGGGGAAAGGUAUAUGCAUUGUACUACUAAAGUAGUCCCAUGCCUUUCUACUCAUAUAGGAAAAAUUAUAGGUAUAAUUUAUUGUGACAUUGAUGUCUAGUUCAGUAUCUAGAGUUAUGACAAGUUGCCUUGGCACCAAAAAUUUAAAAUUAUUUUAGAAAACUCCAUGUUAACUUAAAUUCCAAGUUCGUUUUAUCGUUCAAUGAUUUUUUUAUAACAGAUUUUUAUACGUUUCUUUAGGCAUCAAAUCAUAAAUGUUAUAUAUCGAUAUCAUAGCAUGUGUUCAUUACGAAUUGUCUAUGAAACAUACCUGAAAUUGGAUUUAUUAUUGUUUUAUUAAGAUAUUUAACUUUACCACGCAUUUUAAUAACCAACAUUUAUACUACAGCAUUAUCUUUUUUUUUAAAUCGUUAAAGUUGAUGAAAACGUUUUUGAAAAUUGGUGUUUAGGUGAUUGCAACCAUUAAAUAUGCCAUCAAAGUACAAAAACUAAUUUAAUUGGACAUGGUUGAAAAAUGUAUAAAUAUGUUUUAUGUUUAUGAAUUAUAAACUCUAUUAUAAUCAUAUAGGAAUAUUACAAAAUAAUUAUUUGAACCUCGAUUGAUAAUAACCUGAAGUCUCUUUCUUAGUCUGUUCGGAACAUAUCACAAUUAUAAGGCCAGACAUGUUGUGUGCCAGUUUUAUAACUAAUAUUGGUUCAGCCUUAUUUUCCAACAGUGCCUUAUACAAGCACCUUAGAUCCUACGAAGGUGCACUUGUAGAUCAGAUAGUAUGGAGUACGGAAAAGAUGUAUAUCUUUAGAAAAAAUAAUACUCUGAAAUUCCGUUAGUGCCCAUUCAGAUUUGUUUAUUCCACAGCCAACAAAAUUUAUUCAUUGAGAAAUCGAUUCUGAUUUUUUUAGAUCUGAAAAGUUUUACGAAUGUGUUCCUAAAGAAUAAUGUUCUUAUUAUUAAAAGACACGUAAAAAUGUAAUUCGUUAAUAUACUAUUAUUUAAUGUGACAUUCUAUGCAUAAGAAAUAAAAUAAAAUUAAGCCAUCACUUAAGUUAUUCUCGAUUUUAAAGAGAACUUUCCAGACCACAUUUUGAUUCAGACGUUGCACACUUGCUUAUUGAAAUAUCUCCUUUACCUAUGAGAGGAGAAAUGUUAUACGAAAAUAUUGAACUUAAAAUUGCAACUUGCAAAAUUUGCAAUGUAUAAUUUAAUAUUUCACUCUUGUUCCAUAGGUACAAAUUGAACAGAGUAAAUGAUUACAUAACAGAUCUUAAUAAAUGGUUGCCUGAAGGUGAUAGCGAUAAGUCGUGCCUUACUAAUUCUGAUUUUAUCCCAUCGUAUUAUUAUUUUAAUUUUAUCAGUGCAUUAUUUAUUGUUGUAACUUGGACUCUUCUGUUAUUAUUUACCAUAGAACAGAGUAGAUUUGUAUCAAUCUUUCCAGGGUGAAAUAUUCUAAUAAUUAAUAACUGUGACAAAUUGUGAAAAAUGUGUUUUGACAUUAUACUUUUCCAAUUUUUAAUAAUAAUGUUAAUAUUUAAAAUGUGCAAUUACAAAGAAAUGUUAAACAUUUAGUUUAAUGUAUUGUUGAUAGAAUAUAUACCCAGUGUUACGAAAGAUAGAAACAAUAUCGCAUUUUGUUAUGUACAUAGUAUUAUGAGCGUUACAUUGUUAAGCUGUAGAUUUGUAGUAAGUUCUGUUUAUAAUAAAUCUGUUUUAUAGUGAG